AAAUUAAAAAAUUAAAAAAAAAAAAAAAGCAAUUAACCAAUCAGAUGGAUGCCAACAGCCAGCAGCAAGCCCAAUCGGCCUCAUACCCACCACAACCACCGACCACUGGUGCACCUGCACCACCAGCACCUACACCUUUCCACCAUCUCCUUCAACAACAGCAACAACAGCUUCAAAUGUUUUGGUCGUAUCAAAGACAAGAGAUCGAACAAGUUAAUGAUUUCAAGAAUCACCAACUCCCUCUUGCGAGAAUCAAGAAAAUCAUGAAAGCUGACGAGGAUGUGCGCAUGAUCUCAGCGGAAGCACCCAUUUUAUUUGCAAAAGCGUGUGAGCUUUUCAUUUUAGAAUUAACAAUAAGGUCUUGGCUUCAUGCUGAAGAGAAUAAAAGGAGGACUCUUCAAAAGAAUGACAUCGCUGCUGCUAUAACAAGAACUGAUAUAUUUGAUUUCUUGGUUGAUAUUGUGCCUAGAGAUGAGAUCAAAGAUGAGGCUGCUGGUUUAGGAGGGAUUAUUGGGGCCACUGCUAGUGGUGUUCCUUAUUAUUAUCCACCAAUGGGUCAGCCUACUACUCCUGGUCCUGGAGGGAUGAUGAUUGGUAGGCCUGCUGCUAUGGAUCCUACGGGUGUUUAUGUGCAGCCACCUUCUCAGGCUUGGCAAUCUGUUUGGCAGACUGCUGCUGACGAUGGGUCUUAUGCAAGUGGAGGGAGCAGCGGCCAAGGGAAUCUUGACGGACAAGGUUAAUAAGCUGAACUCAGACAUAGUGGUGUUGGGUGGUGCAGCAGAAGGCAAUUGGCCUGAGCUAAUGCUACUUGGAUUUUUGCUUGCUUCCAAUCUUUAAUGUGAUUGCCUGCUAUUAUUUGUCGAAACUACCUUUAAUUGUAAUGGGUUAACUAGAAACUUAAUUGAAACUUUUUUAACUUCAUUUUGUAGCAGCCAAUACCAUCGCUGCCAUGAAUUGCCUAAUUAUAUCUAAUGUGCAGUUUCUUGAUUGAUAA